AGAGAGGGGGGGAGAAAAAACGUGUGUGGGCGGAGGAAAAGCCUAGUAUUUUGUCUGUCCUGAAAUUUGAUUCAGAAAGUUCAGGAUCCUGCAAGACAAAAAGCAAACGGAGGGGGAGGGAAGAAAGAAAGACUGCGAGAAGAGUCAAGUCACCUCAACAGUCUGCAAGCUCCAACCAAAGCUGCGUGACUAUGAGCACCUCGGGGCUUCAGGCCACUAACCAUCAGAACGUGAAGGAGCUUGACAGCAUGAAGGAGUCCAUCAGCGAUAUCAUCAACCAGCUCCAGGAUAUCGACCCUGCCAGACUCUCCUUCUCCCCUUUCCUGGACUUGGACACUCAGAUCUCCUUGGCGCCGGUGUCAGACAGCCCCGAGUCUUCCAUGGAGGAGCUGCACUCGUCCUCCCACUCCGUCUCCGGCUCCCAGCGCUCUCUGGAGCUGCCACCAGCAACAGAUCAGCCAAGGAGUGCUGCUUCGUGCCACCAGCGUCCCGGCCUCCCAGGAAAGGCAGAAGGAAGUCAGAGAGGAGUGGGGGAGUUGGCUCACACCAUUUCCCGGCCGGUCUUGACAGCACACAGCUUGGGGAACCAGGCCGGGCCUCAGAUGCCGGCCUCUCGGCCAGACAUUCCCAACGGCACCAACACACCGAGCUGGAGUCCAGUAUCCACUAAUCUGGACUGUACCCUGGACGAGGGCCGGCCUCUGAUCGGGCCGCCGCCGGAGAGCGUGGAGCUGGGAGUGUGGAGUCCUGCGGGAGCGACCUGCACGGCGGCAGCGGAGGAGGCCUCAGAUCGGGGACGAUGCUGCUGCCGCUGCUGCCAGUGCAGAUGCUGCCAGAGCGGCCGGGUUCCCGCCUUCCUGUCGGUCUUGGCCUCUCUUCUGUGUGCAGCUGGGAUCCUCUAUGCACUCUAUUUCUACGUCCCCAUCAGACCCCCCGACUGCCCAGACACAGGCAGCCGCGUGGUCUUCACCUUAUGCUGCUGCGUUGUGGCUACGCUCCCCGUCCUGCUCGCUAUGCUCAUCGGCGCAGCAUGCCAGUUCUGCAGCGGCUCCUUCAGUCUGGAUCCAGUUCCCAGAAAGCCAGCGCUCCAGCAGCUGUUUGUCGCCGCCUCCUCGGAGCAGCUACUCCUCUACGUCCUCAAUCUUGUUGUCAUGGCCGCGUUACUCCCUCAAGAUGAGCUCAAGCUGGUGCCGAUACUGGUUGCCAUGUUCAUGUUUGGAAGGCUUGUUUACUGGUUCAGCCUGCACACGUGCAGCUCCUGGCGAGGGUUUGGCUCCGGUCUGACCGUCUUCCCGCUCCUUGCCGUGGUUGGUCUCAAUCUGUUCCUCAUGUACAGCCGCAAUCUCAAACAGCCCCUCUUUGGCUCUCAGGACGUCGUCUAUAAUCAGGUCACCCCCUCUUCCUUGUCGGGGGGGACAUCACAGAGCCCAAGUGGCAAACCAGACAUCCUACCCACAGACAUCCUGGACGCUCAGUGAGAAGGCCAGCUGCGCUUUCUUCUCUAAGAGGAGGCGAUCUUUCCAAAAAUAGCCCAUUCCUGCGGUCUGCAGUUCAGCACGGCUCCACCCGCUGCCACUAUAACCUACAACUCUGUGACGGCUUCACUUGUGUUUGUGCUCCUCCGUGUGCAGCCUUUCAUUUUAUGUGGACUUGUGUUUUAUCAUCUGAAAUGCAAGAACUCUGAAUGCUAGUGGCCGUGGAUGCCUUUAAACAAUGCUGUGGUCAUAAAACGUUUGUUCUUUUAAGCUCUUCCAGUGCCUAUAUUUAAUGUUUUUAAUUCUUUGUACUUUGAAGCUCUGCUGAAUAUAUAGCUGCAAUUUGCUUUGGCCUUACAGAAAAACACAAAGCAGCUGCAGUUGUUGUAAUUUCAACUAUUUAGAAACUUUGUACAUGACAAAGAGUGAAUA